AGAAAAAGCAUCCCAAGAUGGCAGCGGCCAUGUGCACGCUGUCCAGUUCUGUCUCAGAGUUCGAAGACUGGCUGUCAAAACGAUUGAAAGAAAUAAAUAUUGACGAUGAGGUGUUCGGUUCUUACAUCCUUGGAGUCGUCGAUACAGAUGACUCAACAGAUGAAGACAAAAUGGAGACACUGAUGGGUAUUUUAACUGAGAUAACUGAGGAACCAGUGGAAGAAACGUGCAGAGAAAUCCUGAAGAGAUGGCAGGUGUCCAACAGCCAGACCAGACUCGAAAAAGAAGCCGGUAAAAAAGAGGAACUUUCCACAGAUGAAAAGAUGUCUUCCAUCAUGGAGCGGCACGCCUCCACACAGAGCAAGAAGGACAUCAGCAGCCCCAAGAACAACAAAGACAAGCAAAGAUUGCUGGCCCGAUACGCUGAGGUCGUGGAUGGUGAGAGCAGUGAUGAAGAAGAUGAGGAAGAAGAUAGACCAACGAGAUCAGAAGGCUUGCUGAUGGCACCCAACACCAACAAAGAGAGUGUAGACCGGGCAGUGAGGGAGCAGCGGGAGAAACAGAAGGCGGAGCAUGAGAAGAGGCGGGAGAUGGAGCGACAGCAACGGGAGAAAGACCGACUGAAGGCGCUGGAACGGAAAGAGAAAGAGAAAAAGAGGACACAGAAAGGCGAGAGGCGGCGAUAACGGCGAGAGGCGGCGAUAACGGCGAGAGGCGGUGAUAACGGCAGGCUAGCACCAGGCAAGAAUAUUUUUGUAAUGGUUAUGUAAGUGCCAUCUCAUUGAUGGAUUUGAGAUCAGUCUCACCAUCUGGAGCACCAAAGUUCCAAGGAGGUUCUAAAUGCAACAGAUAUAGUAAGCACAGAAGAUACUUGCUCAGCUGAAACAUGUUACCAGCCAAAAAGUCAUGUGGUUUAUAACGCUUGUGACUGGUUCCUAGUUGAUUUUUUCGGGGGUACGUGAAUUUCCUGAGGGACUUGUGGAAGUGUGUCCUUGAGCAAGAUGUUUUACUGCCAGCACUAUCAAAUUGAGGCAUAUUGCAUGGAAGACAAUGCCAAAAUCUGAAUCGGAGAUCUGAAAGAGGACAGUGAUUGUAUCAUUACUGUAUAAAAUAAUAAAUUGUAAUCUAAAGAAUAUUUUUACAACGUGGUCAUCGUUUUGGGGAUCAAUAGGAGAAAAAAAAUUUGAAAAAGUUUAGGUAAGCUGCUUUGCCCAUGGAAUGGAGCCUUCAUGAACAUGAAUCUUUGCAAGGGGCACGAUGUAGACUAAGGCACCAGCUUGCCAUGGUGCAGGUGGUCCGGCUGGGUAGCAACUAUUGAUUGGUGAAGCUGCCACAGUCGUGUGCGAUUGUCUUCGGAAUUUAGGCGCAUAAAUUUGGAUUUUUCAGUUAUGGUGACAAGGUCUGUUGCUGCCGAGUGCAGAAUGACUAGAAAUGAUGAUGUGAGACAGUGUAUGUUCCCCACUGAUCCGAAAUAACCAAAGAAUUUUGAACUGCCAAAGUCGAAGUGAUGCAGGCCAGCCACACAUUGGCCAGCCCUGGGCGGUGACAUUUUGGAGCCGUUUUACUUUGGAGGAGGGUCUCAUGGCUCCUUUGGCAUGAGGUUGAAUAGGAACGUUAGUCAGUGCAGGUAUCUGGCUAGUGUGCAAGACUCCCUGGAUUCACGCAUUCAGUUGCAUUUAAAACAGUAAUUAAGCAUAGUGAUCUUUGUUGUAUGAGCUGUGCACUGUUGGGUAACUUCCUGGUGGAAAGAUGUCUGCUUUAUUUUGUGUUGUAACUCAGUGUAACCUGUGCGUAAAGCGUUGGCCAGGAUUGCCCAACUGAUGAAUACUCGUACUUGUCACUGAUUCGUGACACCAUUACGGUCAGCUUGUAAACCAGCGGCCAUGUCGAAAGAAUGUUUGCAGUAUAAAGAUAUAUCCGAACUUUCACUUUUGGCCAUGUUUCAUUCAGAAUCAAAUGUAUAUUUGACGCACCACAGUCAUAGGCGGCUUGCUCGUUUCGUAUCCGUAUGUCAUCUACGGGUCCAGAUUAUCAAGUCUGCUAAUAAAUUGUGGAGCCUUGGUCCAUGUCGCAAACAGUGCCCUCAUGCCUGGUAUGAAUGGUAACAGAAUCCACAAAGAGGGCGGGGGGGGAGAUUUUAUUUGAGUAGGUAAACACAUUGAUACUACAGCUGAACCAUAAAUUCACAUCUAAUAUAUACUGUAUAUACAUGUAUAUAUAAAUGAAUUUAUUUAUGGAGUAAUGAGAGUUAUGGCAACUUUUGACUUAUGAGUGGGCUGAGAUUAAACACAUGCAACAGGUAUCUUUCAUGUCUGUAUUGUGAAUGGAGGCAGGGAUUAUGUGUUGCUGAUGCCCUGGAAUCUUCUGGAUCAUCAGUUUGGCUUUGUGUGUCGAGCUGAAAAUCCUGGUAGCUGUUGGCUGGGUUUGGAAGCAGCUUAGUAUCCUAGUGGCUGAUCUCCGAGUAUUUACCUAAGGGUUAGACUAGGAAAUUCUACUGCUCCGAUCCUUCUGUCUCUAGCAAAUUUGACAACCAAACUGGAAUUUUUGUCAUUCAGAAUGUAACCAACAAUUCAACAUUGUCUAGAGGGGAUGUUUGUUGACAUCCUUGUCCGCAUAAUUACACAUGGGAUGUGAGGUGCCAGGUGGUAGAUUGCUGUAUAAAUGGGUCUCCUCACUUGAGGUCAGCUGUCCCGGCACCUGUGCUGCUUGGUGCAUCACUGCCAAAAAACGUCUGGGUCUGGAUUCCAUGAGCACUAUUGCAGAGAAUCGUCAGUUGUCCAACGAGUAAAGUGGCAUCAACAGGUAGUCCUUUGUCAGGAAAACCAUUUCCCACAGUACCGGGUCAUACCUGAGUGAUUCAAAGCUCGCUGAGGUGUUGCAUUCUAGGUUAGGGCCUGAAAGACCCACUGCUAUCAUUUCUUAGGGUAACAUCCCUCUCUGCUGUAAUUCCAGCAGAGCAUCUGAGACUGGAGGAUCCCACUUCUGACACCAAUAAGGAAAUGCUGUGCAGUCCUUGUGCCACCCUACCAUCGAGAAAACCCUUGCAUUUGGAAAGUGAUUCAUGUCACUUAAAAUUGACUCAUCUGCUUCUUGCUCAACUGGUGCCCAAUCAACGGAGAGUACCAGUAAAUGUGCAUGAAAUUUUGUGUAUUAUUCUGUGUAGAAUUGCAAAUCCAAGAGCUGGUUCCAUUGAAGUCCGUAAAGAUAGAUUUCCAAAAUCUUUAUUUCCUACUUCUUGAUUUUGUACUUACUGCCACAGUAUGUUUAGUUACGUUUACCUGUAUCAACCUCAACUCAUGAUCAUUUGAUUACAUUUACAAGUAACUUGAAUAUAUGUUUACAGCUGCAAAAAUUGUUGCCGUAUUAUUAUAUAACAAGGACUGCGUAAUUUUAUUUAUUGGCCUGUUACACGUAGACGCUUUACUUUAUGGGAUUUGAGUUUCUGUUUACAAACUUUUCCAUACGGGGGUAUGGGGAAUGUAGUUUUCCUAUCUGAAAAUGACAAGAUAACGUAUUUGUUACAAGAAUAGUUUUGAUGUCUAUUUUUGCCAGAUGAUUUAUCCGAAUUCUGUGAUAGUUUGGUGAUGAUGGUUUGGUGGGACACGUAUGGUCUCUACGGAGGGGUCUUACUUGAACGUCAUGCACACUUGUCUAAGUGUUUGGUGUUACAAGCAAAGACAAAUGAAUUUGAAUUAAUUGGAGUUAUAUUCUUCAUAUCUCAACAUGCAGGCAUGAAAUCAAAGCUGGGUAAA